AUGAAUGUCACCGAAUUGGAGCAUAUCCGCGGGGUUUGGGGACGAACCAAAAAUGACAGCCCCAUCUAUCGCCUUCUUCUGUCCGAUGUUGAUAUUAUUAGCGCAACUCGCGGCCAGAUGCAGGCCCGACUUAAGCUCACAGCGGAACAUGUCAAUUCCCGGGGAACCAUUCAUGGAGCUGUCUCUGCAGCCAUCAUCGAUUGGGCGGGGGGCAUGUCGAUAGCCACCCAUGGAUACGAGAGAACAGGCGCAAGCAUUGAUAUCCAUGUUUCGUAUCUAUCAACUGCUACCAUCGGAGAUACCCUCGAUAUCUCUGCCGUUGCUGAUCGUGUGGGGAAGUCAAUGGCCUUCACGACUGUCAAAAUUUCCCGAGUUGUUGACGAUGCAGUGGGCCCCUUGGUUUCAAAGGGUUCACACACAAAAUUCCUGCCUGUCUCUAAGGAAAACCGUGACCUUAAGAGCUGA